AUGGAAACCUCAAUCCUCCUCUUUGAUGUAGAUGGCACUCUCACCCCUUCAAGACGCCCAAUUACCCCUGAAAUGAAAGAAUUUAUGAAGGAAGUCUGUUCAAGAGUCCACGUCGGAUUUGUAGGUGGGUCAGAUCUCCCUAAAAUUCAUGAACAGCUUGGCGAUGAAUUAUUUGCUCUUGCUGAAUAUGUUUUCGCAGAAAACGGCUGCGUAGCUAUUAGAAAAGGCCAAGUUUUUUCAGAAGAAUCAAUUUCAGAAAAAAUUGGGGAAGAUAAUAUAAAACAGCUUAUAAAUUUCUGUUUGAGAUAUAUAGCAGAUAUAUUGAUAUUCCUAUCAAGUAUUUUUAUUUAACAAUACUUAGACAAUUAUGCAGUCGGAAAACACCAUUUUUAUGAGAAAUCCUCCAAAAAAAGGGGGUGCUUGCCGACUUUAAAAGAUUGUAUCCUUAUAAUUGUCUUGAUUUAUUCUUUAUAUAUAAUAAGAAAAGCAAGCCAAAUUAAUUAAUUGAUAUUCCUAUCAAAAGAGGCACAUUCAUUGAAUACAGAAAAGGAAUGCUAAAUGUAUCACCUAUUGGGAGAAACUGCAGCUUAGCUGAAAGAGACGAGUUUUGGAAAGUUGAUAGUGAAGGCAAAGUCAGAGAAAAGUUCGUGGAAGCUUUAAGAAAAAAUUUCAGUCAUAUGGGGCUACAGUUUUCAAUAGGCGGACAAAUAAGUAUUGAUAUCUUCCCUCGAGGAUGGGACAAAACAAAUUGCUUACUCCCCCCCCCUCCGUGAGUGAACAAAAAAAUUUUGUUCACUCACGGAGGGGGGUUAAUGUUUUUUUUUAAAAAAAUUUUUGUUUUUGAAAUUUAAAAAAAUCCUAAUUUGCAAAAAUUUGAAAGCAAAUAUUAAUUUAAUUUAUAAAAUUUAUGUUUUAAAAUGCAAUUCAUUUAAAAUUAAACAGAAUUAGCUCUAGAUUUCAUUAUAUUAAUUUAUCAUUUAUAUAUCAAAAUUUUUUUCCAUAAAAAAUUUUCUAUUAAAAAAUUUUUGUUCACUCACGGAGGGUGGGUUUUUGGGCAAAAAAUGGCGAUUUUUCUAAUGGUUUUGUUCACUCACGGAGGGGGGGGGAGUUAAAGUUUUUAGAACACUAUCAGACUGUUCACUUUUUCGGUGACAGAACUAUGCCUGGCGGAAACGACUAUGAAAUUUUUGCAAGCGAAAGGACCAUAGGGCACACCGUCACAGGACCUGAAGAUACCAAAAAUCAGCUUAAAGAGCUUCUAGGGAUUCAAUAA